CUGUUCGAUGGCUGCUUCUCACACGUGUCCGCGUGCCGAGCGAGCACUGCAGCACCGUUUACUACAAUGGAGAAGAGAGAUAGCAAGAACGUAAGCGUGGGUCGUGGAUAGAUAACGGUGUCUGAAGAAGAGACGCGGUCGCGUGCCCGCAUCAGGCUCAGUCCGUCGCCGACCGGCCGACGCACGACCGCUUAUUUCGGAGUCACUCAUCGUCUCGCCGUGCUCGUUCUACGCUCGCUGCGGCCCUGCCAAUGCUGCUGGACAGGACGAGGCUGACUUACGUAUCAGCGGCCGCGGUUGGCGCUGGUACGGUGGUCGUGUUCUUUUGGUGGUGGUGGACCAAGAGGCAGAAGAAUCGACCACCCUCGGAAUGGCGGAAGGUAGGCGAGCUGAGCGACCUGGUCGCCUAUCCGGUCAAGUCUCUCGGACCCAUUCGACUAAACUCGAUGGAGUGCACGAAGCUCGGCUUGAGAUCUGGUUGGCUCAGGGAUCGAACUUUGAUGGUCAUUGAUCUGAACGGACAUUUCGUCACCGCUAGACAGUAUCCGAGAAUGGUCCUAGUGUCGCCGAGCGUUUCCGGAUCAGUUCUCACUUUGUCGGCACCCGGGAUGAUAUCCAUCUCCAUCGAUUUAUCGCGGAUCCAAGGGAAAGGGUUCCGCGUGGCGGUUUGGGGCCAACCCGUGACCGCUUGCGACUGCGGUGAGGAACCAGCCAGAUGGUUAUCGCGGUUCCUUCUCCAGGAGGACACUGGAUUCAGAUUGGUCUACUACCCUCUACAGUAUCCGACGAGAGACGUACGGUUGAAGAACAGACACUUCUCGGCGACUAAAGAAGACACUGGUGCCUUCCAAGAUGCCGCUAGUUAUCACAUACUGAACGAGGGCUCGGUAACCGAGUUGAAUACCAGAUUAGAGACGCCAGUCACGUCGGCAAAUUUUCGGCCGAACUUCGUAGUGAAAGGCGCUAUUGCCUAUGAAGAAGACACUUGGGGCUGGGUGAAGAUUGGUAACGUAAUUUUUAAAACUGUCAUGCCGUGCACUAGAUGCAUCCUCACUACUGUUGAUCCGGAAACAGGGACGAAGAACCCUAACGCGGACCCCCUAAAAACAUUAAAAAGUUACAGGCAAGUAAUGGAUCCGGAACUUCGGCCGUUAGCCGGGGAGAGCCCGGUAUUAGGACUUCAUCUCGGUCUGAGGAGCUCCAGUGGCACUGUUAGACUCGGAGACCCGGUGUACGUCGGUCUGCCCGAGGACCAACCAAUAUUGAUAUCGCCACCCUAGCUACACCGAUGGGCUUCCUGCGAAGACGAGAUGCUCGUCUUCGAGGAAGCCCCGGGAUCCGCGGACGAGGAUCCUUUACGAACUGACUUAACGAGCGAAAAAAAUUCGUAGCGACGAGCUACGAGAUCCUAAAAUCUUGUGAUUGAAAUAGGGCCUAAAAAGCAUUUGCUCGCGAUGGACGUUGUUCUUCUAAUGAUGCAAGGAGUACGAUAGUCGUGACCGUGAUAGUUCAAAACAGUAUACAGUUCGUCGAGUGUAUUUCGCUUUGAGAAUGAAGAAUUUAUCGCGACAGAUAAUUAAUUAGGGAAUCGUUGAUUCUCGAGUAUCUUAUUUUUGGUAAAUGUUGAUCGUGGAUCAAUUUCACUGAGGACAAUAUUAGUCCAUGUCGGACGCGUUAUAUAUCAGAUAUAUUAUAGGAAAUAAAAUGAAUACUAGGGAGAA